AUGCUUUCCUGGAUCAACCCAUUGCGAAUCGCACAAGCCAUCCUAUCCCUAACUACGAUUGGUCUUACUGCCUAUGAAAUCGCCUCUCUAUACGACGAAUGGUCCUACUCAAAUGUCAUCUACUACAUGCUCUUCAACGGCUGCUGGACAACAGCCAUUGCAGUCCCCUACUUAGGCCUUGCACCCGUGGCCUUCCCUCGCUUCUCACAUGAAGUCGCCAUUCCUGCCAUUGAACUGCUCACCGGCGGCCUCUGGCUCAGUGGCUGGAUCGCCUUGGCUGCCAUGAUUCCCUCAUCUGGUGCAUGCCACUAUUCCAGCUGUCAUGCCCUCCAGGCUUUGAUUGUUGUCGGGGCUAUCCAAUGGGCUACUUUUGCUGUCACGAACACCUUUGCCCUCAUGGACCUGAAGAACUCUCGCCGCAACGCGAACAAUCAUCACGACGAUGCUUCCCCGGAGAUGGCUGUUGCUGAUGGUAAUGCCAAUGGCAUUACGACCACUGCUGCGGCCGAUACCGCUGUGUAG